UAAAAAGUAGUAAAUUUUGAUGUUAUAUUGUCUGCUAAACACAUUUUAAUACAAAGCAGGCGGGAAAUGAUAUUUUAAUAAGCAAAAGCAUAAAAAGAAAAAUGCCGCGUACCAAAGUAUCGAAAAGUUCUAAACGCAAUCGUGAAACUGAAUAUCGUGAAGAAAAAAUCCGCGAAUACGAAAGCGCAUUUAAUGGCUACCUCAGCACUAUGGAGAACGAUAUAGAAGGAAUCAUUGGCGAAUGGGAGGCUGAAUUAAAUAUGGUACGGCAACGAACAAAAGUUAAAUUUUUACGUAUGAAAAUGGGCGAUUUUUUAGAGUUGAAUUUGAAUAGUUUCGAUGAUGCAUCAGUAUGUGAGUCCAUCAACUCGACUGGAGUGCGUACUAGUAAGCUCACCAAUCCCAACGAUGAAGGAUACCUUACAGAGGAUAGCUCGACCGGAGGCAACGUAGGCUUGGCAGCGUCCGGAGGAGCUUUUGCAAAUGUAUCUAGCUUGCAUCACACGCAACUUCAGUUAGGUAGUCGUUUGCGUACACCAGGACCUUUAACAUCAGCUCGUGCUAGACGUCCGCGACGCAGUCGUUCAGCUUGCGGUGACUAUGCGCCUUCAAUUAGUUCAGAACACCGUAGCCGUAGUAAAUUAGGCACUAGACAAAGCAAGGCUCAUAGUACUGAACGCAAAUCAAAAAUGCAUUUUGAAGGACCGCCUACAUCGCCACCAGCUGCUUUUAUGCGUUGGCCCAAGCCUGGAGAACUUGUUGUCUCGAAAUAUGGGAGUCCUAUUAUAGCCCAAGUACUACCUGACAAAUUUGCUAAUGUCAAUAUACCUUUACGCAAUGGUGUGAUUUCUUUGCGUCCGAAAAAGCUUAACGAACUGCAAUCAGAUAUUUUGGAUGCUAUUGAUCUUCAAACUUUGAAUCAACUUAAAACGUUACACGCUAAUCUUGAUAAGAUUGUUAGCAUGGCUGACAACAAAAUGCACAAAUAAAUCUUUUUAUUCUUUUCUAAAUAAACAUAUGUAUAAUAAUAUCAAUUUGGGACUGGAGGAGGUCGCAAAGGUCAAGGUGUGACGCAUGAGGGAAGUAAGAUUGAUGGUAAUUUAAUUAGUGUAUGAAUAGCACCCUUAGAGAUUUCGUAGUGCGUGUUGCAGUAUGUUUCUCUUUUCAGUGUCGAUUUUCCUCACGAGAAUCUUAAAAGAACUUGCCCACUUACGUCAAAUUUUAGUUUAUGCUCAUAUUUCACACUGUUCAAUAUUUGAUAAAAACCCCAUAAAAAAUAAAAUCCGCCCCAUUAAAUUUUAUAUUUAACUUAAUUAAUUAAUAAUUAAUUUAAAAUUAAACUUAGACUGUGACUAGAUCAAAUGAGAGAUCCUGGUUACAUACUACUUAGCUCGGAUGCAUAUCAUCGAGCUAUCAAAUAGAUUCCAUACUUUGAUAAGUUCAAGAAGCGCAACGUCAUUUUGACCCGUCUCUGUCGUUGUUGCCGUUAUUCUCGUCGCGGCAAAUUGCCGCCAGUUCGUUAGUAAAGGACUGCUAUGCCAUAUAAAAAAAAAAAAGGAAUAAUUGGAAAAAUACAAG